UUUCAAAAACCAAUGAAGAAGGCAAUAACGACUAAAGCAAAAUAAUUUUUUCGUGGAGUGAUAUGUGAAAUUGGCCUUUCUGGACUUUUCAGAUAGAGUUCAACUGUAGAUCUAAAAAACCUUGAAUACAUGAUAUAUUCAGAUUGUCAUAAAACGGCAGUCUUACCAGAUCUAUGGAAGAAAUACCUCUAUCUCCGGUCGAAACCUGCAGAGAUACAGGCAGAGAUACAGACUUAGAAUACGAGGAGAACUACUGUCCACACUACCAAAGAUCGACAUGUCUUCUUCACUUCUCUUGCUGCGAACACGACAAUUUCUUUCCUUGUCACAAAUGCCACAAUGAACGAAUUAGUAGUCCAUCUGACGUGUCUUGUAAACUAAUGGUCGAGAACGAAACUAUGAAUGGAGAGAAAAGAAAGGAGCUUCUGAGAACAGUAAACCAUUCACAAGCGAAGAGUUUAGACGCUGAUACAAUAAAAUGUACUUACUGUCAAGAACUCCAAACGAUAAGUUCACGUUGCACAAAAUGCAGUAAAGAUUUUGCUCCAUACUUCUGUGAGAAGUGCAAAAUAUUUGUCAAUAACAUGGAAAUGGACCCAUAUCACUGUGAUGACUGUGGCAUUUGCAGAGCAAACAAGUCAAAUCACCAACAUUGCCAUAAAUGCAAUCUUUGUCUUGAAAAGCAGUUGUACAAAGAUCACAAGUGUAUGGAAGACAGUGGACAUGAUAUGUGUGCUGUCUGUCUGGAGACAGUCUUCUGUGGAUGCUGCUUCCUUCCUUGUAGUCACAAGCUUCAUCAGGAAUGUGCACUGGGCCUAAUUCAGCAUGGCAGCCUUGACUGUCCAAUUUGCAGGAGAACAUUUGCAGUUGAAAUAAAAAGAGAAACGGGAACGUGUGAAGCCAUUGUGAAUUACUGCAAGUCAAAGGGCAAAAGACUUUUGAGUUUCUUCAAUGUGUUGGAAUAAAAAAGGUUGUAAUAAAGCAUGAAUAUAAACAUCAAUAGGUGAUGUCAGUGUGAACAUCGCUAUGAUUUGUUUAAUCACUCUACUUUUGUUAUUAUUAUAAUUACAUGUAAAGCUUAUUACAAAAUAUUCAGUUGUUUUUUUCUCUCAUGAACAAUAAAAAUCUAACUUUUUGGUGAUGAACAAAUAUGGCAAUAGUAACCUAACAAAAUAAAAUAACGAAACAUUUAAAACAUUUCCUUUGACCUUAUGGUUUAAAUAUUAUAUUUUAUGAAUUUAAGUCCUAUUUUUGAAAAAUAGAAAAACAGAAACAGAAAUAAAAACAGAAACUACAUGACUGCAGUAAUUUUAAAGUGCAUCUCUAGCCAUAUCGUGCAGUGUUUUCUUAUUUCUGUUAAAAAGUGAGAAUUGGAUGGGAUGGAUGAAUGGGUAUCAUGGAGGCCAGUUGGAUGGGAUGGAUGAAUGGGAAUCAUCGGAGGCCAGUUGGAUGGGAUGGAUGA